UCGCUGGCCGAGUGACUCAGCGGUGGACUCUCAUGGGUUAUGCAAGAGUUUAUCAAGGGAACUUGGGAUGCAUGCCGUCUGUAUCAAGGUCCUGGGGGGAUCAUGUAUUUCAUCUGGCUAGGACGUCAUCACCAAGUUUUGUAGGAUUUGUAUAAGCAUUGAUCUGCUGCGAAUCAUCGCUGAUGUGUGCUGUGGGGAAUGCUGCGCGAGGUGAAAAUUUGGGCAUCACUGCGGCACCCCAACGUGGUUACAUUCCAUGGAUGGAUAUUGGAAUUCUUUCAAGAGGACACGACGUGUGCUAAGUUAAUUUCAGCUUGGUGUGAGAGAGGAAAUGUAUCGGAGUAUCUGAAACGGACUCCAGAUGCUGACCGCCGUCGACUGGUUGUGGACAUAUCCGAAGGUCUGGCGUAUCUGCACUUACAAAAUGUAAUACACGGCGAUAUCAAACCGGAGAACAUUGUGGUUAGGGGAGAGUGUGCUAUGCUCUGUGAUUUUGGACUGUCAUGCAUGCUUUUGGAUUUCUCGACGUAUAGGGAAGAAUCUAGCGCUGCCAACGGUAGUCUACGGUUCACUUUCCCCGAGCUACUCGGUGACCAUGUGCAAGACCACGACAGAAAAAGUGACAUCUGGGCGUUUGGCUGUGCAUCUGGACAGGUGCUUUCCGGCAUAAGACCUUAUGCAGCAGUGCUAGGUGACUUGCAAGUCCUCCGUGCUGUGCAGAGUGGUGAACCCCCCUACGUGUGGAAGGAGUCCGAUGAAUUCUUCGCUAGCCUCGAAAGAUGUCUCAAACAGGAUCCAGAAGAGCGAGCUACCAUUGAGCAAGUGGUUCAAAGUUUUAGGUGGGAUUAUCUAAACAGCGUCGGACGAUAAUUCCGACUUUUACCCUUAGAAUCCUGCAUCCCCGUUGAGUUCAAUCACGAAAUACCCAACUGCUCAUGUGCUCAUGUGGGCAAGCAUGCCUUUCAGUAAGCGAAGGGUUAUCUAUCCUAUUUAUGCUGCAUGAUGCACGUUUCUUAUGUGAUGUGUACGCCGCUCAUUGUGCAGGAUACAGCGUAGCGAAUAUGGAGACAUACAUGUUACCUGUUACAUUUGUCAGGUCUGGCAGAGCGCCGAAAUUGGUGGAUUACCGGCGCCACUCGAGGCAGGCG